UCUCUCUCUCUCUCCCUCUGUCUCUCUCUCUGUCUCUCUCUCUCUCUCUCUCUCUCUCCCUCUCUCUCUCUUUCUCUCUCUCUCUGUCAUUCUCUCUUCAGUAUUUGAUGCUCGAUCAUCCAGGAAGUACAACUGCAGGAGAAAUGGAAGACGACCGUAAGAGUCAUGAUUACCUGGCAGAGGGGCGGAGUUGCAAGGUAGAGCGGUUUAACCAGCCAAUGGGAGAAGACAGAACAAAUAAACAUCCAACUGGAGCACAGAGGGCUGGGUCAGACAUGAUUUACACCAUUGAAGACGUCCCACCCUGGUACCUGUGUAUUCUACUGGGACUGCAGCAUUACCUGACUUGUUUCAGCGGCACUGUAGCAGUGCCAUUUCUUCUGGCUGAGGCCAUGUGUAUCGGUCGAGACCAGAACACCAUCAGUCAGCUGAUUGGAACCAUUUUCACCACCGUCGGACUUACAACCCUGAUCCAGACCACCGUGGGAAUCAGACUUCCAUUGUUUCAGGCCAGUGCAUUUGCUUUUCUGAUUCCUGCACAAGCCAUCCUCAGUCUGGACCGCUGGAGGUGUCCCAGUGAAGAGGAGAUUUAUGGGAACUGGAGUCUUCCACUCAACACCUCACACAUCUGGCAGCCACGCAUCAGAGAGAUCCAGGGUGCCAUCAUCAUGUCCAGCAUUGUGGAGGUUGUGAUCGGUCUGUGUGGGUUGCCAGGUCUGCUGCUGGACUACAUCGGUCCACUCACUGUCACUCCAACUGUCUCACUGAUUGGCCUGUCGGUCUUCACCACAGCUGGAGACAGAGCUGGGUCUCACUGGGGCCUGUCAACAUUGUGUAUUUUGCUGAUCGUGCUGUUUGCUCAGUACCUAAGAGCGACAUCACUUCCUGUUCCUGUUUACAGCAGGAAGAAAGGCCUGACCUCCACCAGAGUCCAGAUCUUUAAAAUGUUUCCUAUCAUCCUGGCCAUCAUGUUUGUUUGGCUCGUUUGUUACAUUCUCACUCUGACCAACCUGUUGCCGAGCGACCCCAGUCGCUACGGACACAAGGCCCGGACCGAUGCCCGUGGGGACAUCAUGGCUUCAUCACCCUGGUUCAGAGUCCCCUAUCCUUGCCAGUGGGGGUUGCCAGUGGUAACAGUUGCCGGGACGCUGGGGAUGCUGAGUGCCACCAUGGCGGGCAUCGUGGAGUCAAUUGGUGAUUAUUAUGCCUGUGCUCGUCUGUCUGGAGCCACACCGCCUCCAGUCCAUGCCAUCAACAGGGGAAUCUUCACUGAGGGAGUGUGCUGCAUCAUCGCUGGACUUUUAGGGACAGGAAAUGGCUCUACCUCCUCUAGUCCAAAUAUAGGCGUUCUGGGCAUCACCAAGGUUGGCAGCAGGCGGGUGGUGCAGUACGGAGCAGGUAUCAUGUUCCUGUUGGGAUCAGUCGGGAAGUUUACAGCUCUGUUUGCCUCACUGCCGGAUCCAAUCCUUGGUGGAAUGUUCUGCACACUGUUUGGUAUGAUCACUGCUGUCGGCCUGUCUAACCUGCAGAUGGUGGAUUUGAACUCGUCCAGAAAUCUUUUUGUUCUCGGGUUCUCGAUGUUCUUCGGUCUGACUCUGCCGACGUACCUGGACACACACCCCAACUCCAUCAGCACAGGUCUUGCAGAACUAGAUCAGAUCCUGACGGUUCUUCUGUCCACUGAGAUGUUUGUUGGAGGUUUUCUGGCUUUUUGUCUUGACAACACGAUACCAGGCUCCAAACAGGAACGAGGUUUAGUCGAGUGGAAGUCUUCCUUCUCCUCUUCCUCUUAUGAUCUUCCUCUGGGGAUGGGUGUGGUCAGGCGGACUCGAUGGCUCAGACGGUUUCCCAUCAGCCCUUCCUUCACAGGUUUCCAGGCGUCUGACGACCCGCCGCCGCCCGAGCAGGAGGAGGAGGAGAUGGAGGAGAAGAAGGAGGAGGAGGCAGCUGCUGACAUCAACCUGCACAGUACCAAAGUGUGAGCGGGAAUCAAACCAGUUACUGUUUUAUUCUCAGACACAAUGAAUGAAAUCUGCAUCCGGAUCGCGACAUGAAAAUGUUCCAUUCACUCACAAUAAAAACUGUCGUUUUAUUAA